GUUACUUUGUAUUUCAAGCGCGGUAAAAAUGACACACAUUGAUGCCGAUCAUGAUAAGAGGAAAGAAGAUCAAUCAACGGAGGACUUCCAUCCGUUCAGAUCAAAACAAACUAAAGAUGAAAAAGAUGCCCCUCCAGAUAGAUUUUAUCUGGUGUUCAUGAUAUUCUUCUUCUUUGGAAUGGGUAUUGCUUUACCAGGACCUCUAUUCAUGAGAGCUCAAGACUACUGGAUGUUCAAGUUUCGCAACACAAGCAUUGACCAUGUGGACCAAAGGAACAGAACAGAGUUGCAGAAAGAGUUUGUAACCUUGGGAAACAUAUUCGACAUUGCUCCCUCCUUGCUGACACUGGCAGUAGUGAGCAUUUUUGGGCACAAGGUUGCACCUAGAAUCAGGAUAUUGGGGUCCAUGGGAGUCAUUUGCUCGGUGUCUGUAUUCCACGUCAUAUUUUCCGAGGUCAAUACGGAUACAUGGCAGCGAGGUUUUUUGAUCCUAUCCUUAUUCAUGAACACUAUCAGUGGUGCUGCCGUGCUUGUGUUCACAGUGUCGAACAUAGCGCUCUUCUCUAGAUUCCCACAAAAUUAUUUAAAAUAUUACAUGUAUGGCAAUGCAUGCGGUGGUAUUGUGACAGUUAUUUUGCAAUGCAUUUCCUUGGCCAUAGGGAGUUCGCCACAAAGCACAGCUCUCAUAUAUUUUUCUGUUGGUAGUGUCAUAUUUCUGUACACUCUGUUCCUUGCCAUCAUCAGUUCCAGAUUACUUCUUUAUCAGUACUAUAUGGAUGAAAGCAUUGAGAUAGUGAAACCUGUGUACACAUUCAGGGAAGUGUGGGAUGUAACCAAGAAGCUAUGGGUGAAUCUCGUUAAUAUUGUGGUUAAUUUAUUUUUCGUAAUGGCCGGAGUGCCAUAUUUAGUGAUAUCCGAGAAUGCAGGAACAGUAUUUGCCGAUAAAUAUUUUGUGCCUGUCUGUACAUUUUUACUAAGCGACUUAUGUUCGCUUGGUGGAAGAGUAGUAUCUGGACCAUAUAUCACAAAAAGGAAUCGGUUUGUUUCUCUGAUGCUGAACUUCUUAUUAGUUGGCCUUUUUGGCAUUUUGUUGCUCUUCUGCAGAACUUCGCCAAAGGAAAACUCACCUCUGCUGUUUCCACAUGAUUGGGAGUACAUGUGCAUACUGAGCAUGCAUCAAAUAUUUUUCCAUUUCUUUAUCGUCAGCGUGAUUCUUAGUGUUAAAAAUUUAGUUGAACCAAACCAGGUUGAAAUUGGAUUUCUGGUUAUGACAACUUUUUCUGAAGUUUUAGCAAAGUUUGUCGGAUUCACGGCUGUAGUGUGGAUAAGUUUAUUAUAGCGUUUUAUUUAUUGAAUUGCCCCUGUAAAUGGUAGAAUGCAUCGACAAUAGUAAAUCAGUAUCUUGUAAAAACCUACAAAUUUUACUGUACUUAUGUACUUAAUCAAUAAAUUAUCUAAAACAAGU